AGCUGCCUUCACCAGCGAGCACAAAGCCACAUUUCAAGAGACUGACAAAUUAUCCCCAGCUGCCAGAAGGAGAAAUCCUUGUCGGAAUCCUCCUGCUUCCUGUGGAUUGUCACCUGAUUGGCUGCAAAGAUGAAAGUUUUCAACGUGGUCGGAGGCAUGAUCUUGUUUGCCUCUCUGUUUUCAGCCUGCUCUGGGCAAAAUCCCAUGACUGUCCUGUGUUCCAUUGAUUGGUUCAUGGUCACGGUCCACCCCUUCAUGUUGAACAACGAUGUCUAUGUACACUUCUAUGAGCUGCAUUUGGGCCUGGGUUGCCCUGCCAACCAUGUUCAGCCACACUUCUACCAGUUUACCUACCGUGUUACUGAAUGUGGCAUCAGAGUCAAGGCUGUCUCUCAGGAUAUGGUCAUCUACAGCACUGAGUUGCACUAUGCUUCUAAGGGUACCUCCUCUAAGUAUGUGAUCCCUGUGUCAUGCGCUGCCCCCCAACGGUCCCCGUGGCUCACUCUACCCUCUCCUUUGAGAACAGCCAGCGAUAGUGCAGCCACAGCCAAGAAUGGUGAUGCGUGCUACAGCGUGUUCAGCUUGUCACAGUCCAGCGAAAGGCCCAACUGUGACUGUCCACCUUGCGUCUCUAAUGAACGGCGUACCCCGGCCUCACAUAACCAAGCAGAGGCUGAGGUGACCCAUCCUGUGCGGUCUUCUUACUUUCUUAGUGUUUGUGAAGACUGGUGUCUUCCCUCAGAUGAUCUGAUUGAACCCAUGUAGUAAGUAUGGGGUCUCUCCUGAAGAUGCCAUUUCUAGAAUUAGUUUGUAGUAUUUUCUGAUAUCAUAUAAAUAAAUGCCCUGUGAUCCUCUUAGGAGCAAUUUUGAGAAAUGGCAACUCAUAGUAACUUCUUGAUUUUGUAUUUUUAUACCUUUAUAAAGGAAAAAAAAUAAA